AUGGCAACGAUCGAAACUGGAACGGGAGACGGAACAGGACGAAGCAGAACUUUCAUCAGACGUACCACAUCAACUGCAGGCAUGUACAGGGAUACCACUACGACUUUUGCAACGACCGAAACCGAAACAGGAGACGGAACAGGAAGAAGUCGAAUGGUUACAAGCACGAGCAAGGCAAUGACGAGCAUUGUGGUCAGCACGUUCACAGCUACGACAUGCCCAGAAGUCACUACGAGUGAUGCUGCAGGCAACGUAACGACGACAAUUACCACAACCUUUACCAUAACGUGCCCCGUGGCCCCGACGGUUAUCACGUCGUGUGGGCAAGAAUUUACCAUUGAUUCUCCGGGCACAAAAGUCUUGGUGGCUACCUUGACGAAGAUUGUCUGCAAGGACUGCGUCCGAGAAACGGCAGGGCAGAGGCCGCAGGGGAAGGGUACCGCCAGCAGACCACCAUGCCCGACCUGCACCCCCCGGAGGGCACACGAGCCAUAUGGGCAAGAGGACGAGUCCGACGAGGUGGCGGCAGGUUUUGGGGCGGCGUCUACGUCGGGACGCGUGGGCCAUCAGGGCGCCGACGAGGUGGUGACGGCUGCGGCGGUCACGACUCGGCGAUGCCCGUGGGUCCUUGCCACCGUCGCGAUGCUUCUGUUUUCCGUCCGCUUGUUCUAA